UCGUGUCAGUUCUGUGUCAUGAUGACCCUCGAGACAGUCUUUCUGUAAAAGGACACACAGGAAGCAAAAAAAAAAAAAAAAAAAGAGGAAGAGGAACCAAACGAGGAAAGUGGACAGAGAUGGAACCGACAGAUGAGAAGGGCAUUGCAGCCACAGAAGCAAAUGGUGCUUAUCCGGUACGAUGCACUGAGGAAGUACUUCUCCCUUUCUUGACAGAUGACAGCCUGCAGGCUACCAUGGACGUGCGACACCCUCCUGUCUCCCCCGGCUCCCCACCGGCCCUCCCAGAACUGCGAGUGGUCCUGCUGGGAAGAAAGGGGGCCGGCAAGAGCGCUGCAGGGAACACCCUGCUGGGAAGCCUGGGUGGGUUCGAGAGCGGGAAGCCCACAGAGGAGUGCGUGAAAAGGCGAGCGGAUGUCGUCGGCAGGAAAGUCACCGUGGUUGACACACCUGGAUGGGAGUGGUACUACCCACUCAACAGUACCCCCAACUGGGUGAGGAGGGAAACUCUAAGAAGUGUCACCCUGUGCCCUCCUGGACCUCACGCUGUGCUCCUGGUGGUCCGCUCCUGCUCUUCGGUCACGGACGUCUACAUCCAGGAGAUAGAGGAGCACCUGGAGCCCCUGGGGAAGGAUGUGUGGGAACACACCUUGGUGCUUUUCACCAGGGGGGACGAACUGGGCCUGUCCAGCAUGGAGCAGCGGAUCCAGACGAGUGGCUCUGGACUCCAAAGGCUCCUCCAGAAGUGCGGCAACCGAUACCACAUUGUAAAUAAUUACAAUAAGGGAGACGGGGCACAAGUAAAAGAGCUGAUAAGGAAGCUGGAGGUGAUGGUGGACAGAAAGAAGGGCGUAAAGAGUCAUCUGGAGCUGGAUCAUGGCGUUCUGUUGGGUCUGGAAGCGGAUGGGAAGAGGAGAGCCAGGGAGAGGAGGAAGAAGCAGAGGCAGAUGGAGGCGCAGAUGCAGAGAGGAACCAUCAAAGCUGCCCUGAUGAGUGACGGACCCCAGGGCUCAGAGCUGGAUGCACACCAGUCCUUCUCCAAGACUUCUCGACGGCUUCCCGAGGUCCGACUGGUUCUGCUGGGAGAGCGCGAAACUGGGAAGAGUUGUGCCGGCAACGCCAUCCUGGGGAAGACGGGCUUCUUCCAAGCAGGAGUGGUGACCGAAGAGUGUGUGCGCCAGCAGGCGGAGGUGGCCAGGGCAAUGGUGACCGUGGUGGAUACGCCAGGCUGGGAGGCAGGAGUGGCCGGUGCAACGCCGGAGCGGGUCAAGCGGGAGAUCAUGUGCAGCGUGGCUCUGUGCCCCCCCGGGCCUCACGCCCUGCUGCUGACGCUGAGGGUGGACACCCUGGUGAGGGCGGGACACGUCAAGGAGCACCUGGAGCUUCUUGGCGAGGGCGUGUGGAGACACACCAUCCUGCUGUUCACCCACGGCGACCAGCUCCGCGAGGGCGUGGACAUCGAGCAGCACAUUCAGAGCGGGGGCAGGGACCUGCAGGGGCUGCUGGAGAAGUGCAGGGGCAGGUACCACGUGAUCGGCAGCGGGGAAGGAGGAGGACGAGGCAGCGGGGGCUCGGCCAAGGUGACAGAGCUCCUGGAGAAGGUGGAGAAGAUGGCGACGAUGAACAGGUGCGAGGCCUUCUCCUGCGUGGUGCAGGAGGUCAGGGAUCUGAGCCUCCAGAGAAACGAGAAGUUCAACCAGCGGCUGAAGGAGAUAGGAGACAAGAUGGUCCGCCAGGAGGCCGAGCUGAAGAAGAUGAGGGACAGGGAGGUGAAGAGCAUCAGGUGGUUCUUCGAUAGGAAGAAGAAGGUGAAGUCCCCAGGGAAGGCCGACGUUCAACGAGAGGAGGAGGAGGAUGAGGACAGGAGGGUCGGGGAGAUAAGAAACGACUUUGGCGACCUGGAGGAGAGGAUGCGCUGGCUGACGGAGGACAGAGAGAGGGAGAUUCAGGACCUUACCCUUGAAAACGAGCGAAUCCGAUUCAGUCUAAACCAACGUCAACAGGAGAAGCGCGAAGCAGAGCGGAACCUGGAGCUAAAAGAGAGGGAGAUCGAGGAGCUGAAGGAGAGGACAGACGAGCAGCAGCUGAAACUUCUCGACCUCGAACGCGCCUGCGUUGAAUCUGAUCACGAGAGGAGGCGAAGAGAGGAUGAGAUCAGAGCAGAGAAACAAGAAUGGGUGAAAAAUCUGAAGGAGAAGGAGCAAACUGUGGAGGCGCUCAAGAAGGAGAGAGCAGAGUGGAUUGAAAGGUUUGAAGCUUUGCAAGUAAAAAUGGAGCAGACCGGAACACACUAUGAUGAUUUGCUUAGAGAAGAAGGAGAGAAAAUCAGCGAGAUGGCACGGGGGGAGGAAAAACUGAAGCAAGAGAUGGAAAAUAAAGACAAACUGCUGGAAGAACUGAGCAGGAAAGCUACAGAGGAAAAGCGGACAAUGCUGGAAAACUUUAAAAUGUUGGAAAAAAGCACAGAGAGGCUGAAACUGCAACAUAAGCAAGAAUUAGAGGAGAAAGAAGCCGAGAUAAAAGAGGCAAAGCUGCAACAUCAAGAGGAGAUGGUCAAAAAAAUGACAGAGAGCGAAAAGAACAUGGAGACAAUGAAGCUUCAGCAGGAACAAGAGGUCUGUAAGAUGAUGAAGGAAAAAACGAAUGACAUAGAGAGACUCAAACACCUGCAUGAGGAAAGAAUUAUGAACAUGAUGCAAGAGCAAGACAAAAAGAUAACCGAGUUAAAUAAGACAUUUACACAAGAAAAGAGUGAACUUUUAGAGACACAAAAGAGAGAAAUAGCAGAAAUGAAACAACUUGUCGUUCAUAUGGAAGAAAAUGUGAAGGAAAGUGAAAAGAACAACGAACUGAUUCAUCUACGGCACAAAAAAGAGAUGGAAGUUCAUGUUGAGGAGACAGAAAAGCAGCUGGAGGCCCUAAAACUGAAACACCAAGAAGAAAUGGCAACAAAAAUAAAUGAAAUGGUUAAACGAAUGGAGGGAAGAGAAGCGGACCACAAGAAGGAAGUUGAUAAACUAGUCAAAGAGAAGGAAGAGGAAGUCAAAAACGCUAAACGAGAACACGCGGAAAUACUACACGAUCUAGAGCGAGAGAGACAAAGAGAAACUGAGGAGCUGAAGCGACUAAUCGAUGAAGGAGAGCAGGAAAAACAGAGACAGAUCAAAGGUUUAAAGGAAGAGUUGGCGGCCCAAACUGAAGAAACUCAGCGAGGACAGGCGAGGAUGCGGGAGGAUCUGCAGCAGAGCCAGAAGGAGAUUGAAAAAGUCAAAUGUGAAUUAAAAAACGAAAUCAAAAACAGGGCGGCGGAUACAGAAAGACACGAGAAAGACGUGCUGCAAAAAGAGAAAGAGGUGGAGGAAAUGAAAGAGAAGUUCAGAGAAAUGAAGGAAACCCUGCUUCAGAAAGAGGAAAGAGAGAAAGAGCUUCUGAGUGAGAUAAGAAACAGAGAAACAGAGAGAGACAGGUACAAGAGAGAGUUGGAGCAAAGGACAGAGGAGGUGAAGGAGAAGGUCAAAGAAAUGAAGGAGAAGCUGCAGCAAACAGAGGAAAGAGAGAAGCAUCUUUUAAAUGAGAUCGAAGCAGUGGAGCAACGGCUAAAAGAAAAAGACAUGGAAACUGAGGAGAUUAAAUUAACUGUUAAAGAAAUGAAGGAAGCGAUCCGAGAAAAGGAAGAGAAGGAGCUUGAUUAUUUGGAGUGCAAGAAAGACACAGAGCAAAUGCUGAAGAGGAAAGAACAAGAAACCGAAGAGAUGAAGGGCCAAAUAGCAGCUCUGGAGCAACUCUUGCAGCAGGAAAAGGAGCAAAAAGAAAGAGACAGCCUGAGCCACAAGAAGCAGAUGCAGCAAACUUUGGAGGAAAGCGGCAGAGCGAUCGAAAAGCUGCAACAGCACAUAAAGGACAUCGACGAGAUUCUGCAGAGGAAGGAAGAGGAGCGAGGGGAGAUCAUCCUGAACCAGAAGAAAGAGGCCGAGCAGCGGCUGCAGGACACCGAGCGCAGGAUGCAGGAGAUGAGGCGAGAGCUUCUGGAGGACAUGGAGAACAAGCUGAAGGAGAAGGAGCUGGAGAUCGAAGGCAUCAAACGGCAGGCGGCCUCCGGCGAGGCGAGAUGGAGGGAGGAGCUGAAGAGGACGGAGGAGAGAGGAGCCAACGAGACAAACAAGCUCCUGGAGAUCAUCGAGAAGAAAACCGAAGAGACGACACGAGCCGAACGACUUCUCGCCGAGAAAGAGGGGGAGGUGGAGGAGCUGAAAAAACUCUGCGCGACCUGCUUUAAGGACAUAGAAGAGUUGAGAGACAGCAAUGAAAGCAACGCCAGGAGCAUGGCCGAGAUGCGGCAACGCCACGCGGAGCAGGAGGCAGAAACGUUGGAAAGGCUGCAGGGGAAAGACGAAGAGCUCAAAGAUCUGCUGCAGAAAGACAAAGAGAACGAGAAGGAGGUGGUCCAGCUGAGGCUGACCAUCGAGCAGACUAAAUCAGAGCUGAAGGAGCUCACCGAGAGGAUGGAGAGGGAGAUGAUGAGCAUGAUUCAGGAGUACGAAAAGGAGCUCCAAGGGAAAACGGAGAGCAUAGAGGCGAUGACGCGGGAGAAGGAGAGCCACGUGGGUCGGUUGGAGCGAAGCGUUCAGGCCCUCACCAAGAAAUAUGAGGAGAGCCAGGAGAGAGUGGAGCAGCUUCAAGAGCAAAACGAGAAGAUGAGAAAAGAGGCCGAGAACGUCUGCAUCAAGGGCGAGGAGGCGAGGAAGAAGAGCGAGGAAGAGGUCAGGGAGCAUCGGGCGGCAUGGGAGGAGAAAGUGAAGAGCGUAGAAGCUAUCGUCAUGGAGAGAGACUCGGAGGUGAGAGCGUUACGGCAAGCCAAUGACGAACUUCGAGGAGAGGUGGAGGAGAUUAAAGCGAGGGAAGAGAGGAGCAGGAUCCAGAUAAGUGAGCUGAUGGAGAAGGAGAAAGAGCGGGCGGAGAAAUACGACGAAGAGCGUCUAGAAAGGGAGAAAUUAGCCGAGGCCAGAGAGCAAGCGGUGAGGAGGGAGGAAGAGGAGUUGAGCAACAGACGAAACGACCUCGACGCUAAACAGGAAGAGCUGCUUGAAACGGAGAUCAAGCUGAAAAGUAAGGAGUCAGCGCUUCAGAAACUCCAAACUAGUCUGGAGAUAAGGCAGAAAGAAGCAGAGGAAAGGGAUAACGACAGGAAAGAGUUGGCCUUAAGGCAACAGGUCAUCGAGAUGAAAGAGAAGGAGCUGGACGCUUUGCUCGGAGCGCUGGAGGGCAAGCAGCGAGAGCUGAGCUCACACGGCCAGGACCUCCAGAAGAAGGUCAGGGGCCUGAAGGACCAAGGGAAGGAGCUGAAGGACCGAGAGUGCCACCUGAAGAACGAGGAGCAGGAGCUGCUCAACUGGAAGUCCGAGCUGCUGAUGCAAAACGAGCUGGUCAACUGCACGACUCAGGAGCUGGAGGAGAUACGCAGGGACAUGGCUUUGCUGAAGGAGGAGCUCCGCGCCAGGGAGAAAAAGCUGAAGGAGUCGCUCAGAAAUAUGAGCAAGUGGGAGCAGGAGCUGAGGGAACGAGAGGAAGAGCUGGUCAGGAGGGAGCAAAGGUCUGACGAUAGCGCUGAUCAAAGGGAUUCUUCGCAUGUCCUGGCUGAAGAUAGCUUGCCUUUGAUGCACCAGGAGGUCAACGGGGAGCGGGCGAAGGCGAGAGGAGGAGAGUCAGGCGAAGAGACCGGUAGACCUGCAGAGACGAGCAAAUGUUACAUUGAAACACUUUCAGAAACGAAACAGCAGGGAAGCAACCAUAUCAACAGCUUCGGGUCUCCGCCAAACCACAGAGAUUUGAAGGUGAUGCUCCUGGGAGAGACGUGGUCGUCCCGCUCCCCGGCCGGAGUCACCAUCUUGGGCGGAGACGCGCCUACGCUGGACGGCUCCGGCUUCAGGCCGUGGAGAGGCCAGAUAGCCGGGAGACGGCUGGCGGUCGCGGAGCCGCUGGGCCUGAGGUGGCGAGACGGACCCGACCCGACCGACGCCGCGCAGCGCCAGGGCAUCCUGGACGGCGCGUCCUGGUGCCGGCCGGGCGCCGACGUGGUCCUCCUCCUGGUGCCUGCCUUCCUGACCUGCACGCGCAAGUACCGGAGGGCGGCGGAGGAGCACGUGGGCCUGCUGGGGGAGGGCGUCUGGAGGCGCACGCUGGUGCUGUUCACCUGGGGGGAGAUCCUGGGAGAGAGCGCCGAGCAGCACAUCCUGAGGAACGGGGAGCUGACGGGGCUGGUGGAGAGGUGCGGGGGCAGGUACCACGUGCUGACGAGCAAACAGAGCAACUCGGCGAUGGAGGGACUACUCGAAAAGAUGGAAGAUGUAGCAGAUUUUACCGCAGCAAUGUGAGGACUGAAUGAUUGACCCCCUAUGAUGAGCUUUUUCGUGUGUGUUUAAGUAAAUAUGUCUGAAUAAUACCAAUUGAAACGGACCGGUCUGCCACACCAACCUGUAUUUAAGUUUUAAUUAUACUUGUUCUAUUAAAUAGGUCACAAAUGAAAAA